AUGGCCUUCACUUUCGCUGCUUUCUGCUACAUGCUGUCCCUGGUGCUCUGCGCUGCGCUCAUCUUCUUCGCUAUCUGGCACAUAAUCGCCUUUGAUGAGUUAAGGACGGAUUUUAAGAGUCCCAUAGACCAGUGCAACCCUGUCCAUGCGAGGGAGCGACUGAGGAACAUCGAACGCAUCUGCUUUCUCUUGAGAAAGGUCAGAGGGGUCCUACAGGUGGAUGGAGGGAGGAAAAGGGGGGAGAGGGAGAGAGGUCAGAAGCUGGUGCUGCCAGAGUACUCCAUCCACAGCCUCUUCUGCAUCAUGUUCCUGUGUGCUCAGGAGUGGCUCACCCUGGGGCUGAACGUUCCCCUGCUUUUCUAUCACUUCUGGAGGUAUUUCCAUUGUCCAGCAGACAGCUCAGAACUAGCCUAUGACCCACCAGUCGUCAUGAACGCGGACACCUUGAGCUACUGCCAGAAGGAGGCCUGGUGUAAGCUAGCCUUCUACCUCCUGUCCUUCUUUUACUACCUGUACUGCAUGAUCUACACCUUAGUGAGCUCCUAACUCAGACCCUGCUGAUGGAGAGGCCGAGGCUGGGAGCCACUGUGGCUGUGGCUGGAGAAGGACCAGAUGGGGAUGAUGGAGACACCCAGCUUGGCAGAGACUGAUUGGAAGGAACUGGAGUCACACGGCAGACAGAGCCAUGCUACCGCGUCAGUUGUUGCUGUGUGUGUUGCUGCCUUCGCUGUUCACAUUCCACAUGGAUGGCAGAGCCCCUCUGAGCACUGGGGGUGCCAACUUGUAGCUGACGAAACCCGCAACCUCUGGAGCUGCAGUUGCUGCUUCUCUUCAUCCACUUCACUGAGUAUCAGUGCCCUGCAAGUUCAUGUGGACUCCCUGUCUGGGUGGCAGGAAUGAGGCUGGAAGCUAGACGCCACCAACGAAGGGACAGAAUGACUCGGGGCCAAGGCCAGGUCUUCAGAGAUGAUCGAGACCCUCAAGGAUACUAAGGAUACCAAGACUCUUUUUUUCCAGAGCUGUGGCCUCCAGCUUUGCUUAUUGCAAGGCCCAAAUCUGGGGUCUGCCCCAAGCCAGCUGCCAUGUCAUUUUAGGCUCUGUUUAUGUCCAGGAGCCUAAGCAGUGACCUCCUGAGCUGGGUGUGGGGCAGCAUGCUGGCAGCAAGUUAUGUCCAGUGCAAACUGGGGAGGGGGGGUGUGAGAAAAAUGGAUUUUUAAAAUGUU